AUGCCGCGUGGAGGGGCGGUGCCGCUGGGGCGCCCGACAUGGAUGACCAUACGGAGGAAACGCAUCGCUGGGCUCGACGUGGACUGGCGGCGAUGGCGAAGCCAGCCCUGGGAGGCGACGCGGCAGCUCCAGCAGAUCGCCAAGGAGGCGGAGCCGCAUGGAGCUCUGCGGUUGCUGGAGACCAUGCGUAAGAAGCGCGUCGAUGUGGACCUGGUCCAUUGCAACGCUGUACUGUCUGCUUUCGCCCGAGUGGGGCACUGGCCCGCGAGCCUCCUGCUGCUGCAGAAGCUGCCGAUGUGGCGCCUGCAGCCAGACCUCGUCAGCCUCUCCUCUGCUCUGAGCGGUUCCUGGCAGCACUCGCUGGCGCUGCUGGCAGACUUCGACGGCCAGCCGGACACGAUCGCCAUGAACGCCUUCCUGGGGUCCCUGCAGCGGGGUCGCCAGUGGGCGCGAGCCGCGCAGGUGUUGGCGGAUAUGCAUUCGGCCGGGCCGGCGCCGGACAAGAUCAGCUACAACAUUGCCAUCAGCGCCUGCGAGGAGAAGUGGGAGCUGGGCCUCGAGCUGCUUGCGGCCAUGCCGCGGCGCCGCAUCACGCCGGACCCGGCGAACUGCAACGCCGCCAUGAACGUGUGUGGCAGGGCCCGGCAAUGGCAGUGGACGUUGCAGCUGCUGCAGGGGCUCAACCGUCCCAACCGCAUCAGUUACAACACGGCCAUCGCCGCGUGCAGCGGCCAGUGGCGCCUUGCGCUCCACCUCCUCGACGCCGGAAGCGGACUUGGCCGCUGGGACAGCGCCGGGUGCAGCGCGUUGCUGCAGGGCCUGGCGCACGGCGGCCGGUGGUCCACGUGCCUGGCGCUGUUGGUGGCCAUGGAGUCGCGGCGCGUCAGCCCUGGGGACUUCGACGUCGCCCAGGCGCUGCUGGCCGGCUCCCCGGACGCGGCCCUCAGCAUGGCGUCUGCCGGGCGCCUGAGUUUCAACACAGCGCUGGAGCAGCACAGCCGGGCGCUGCAGUGGCGGAACUGCCUGCAGCUCCUCAUAGCGAUGCCGGCGCGGCGCAUACCGCCGGACGCGUACAGCUACGGCCUCACGAUCAGCUCCUGUGACUGGCAAAUGGCGCUGCGCCUGCUGGGGGUGAUGCCUGCCAGAGACCUGCAGCCAGAGCGGAAGCAAUUUCAGGCGGCCGCUGGGGUCUGUGCACACGCGGGGCAGUGGGGUGCUAUCCUGCGGCUGCUUCACAGCCUGCCGCGAAAUACGGGCACAGGGGGUGCAGCAGCAGUUGUGGACUUCGCGCUGGCGGACUGCGCCUUUGCGGCGCAGGGGCUCUGCGCGGCGGAGCUGCUGAAGGCCUGCGGGCGCCUGCGCCUGGACCCAGAUGCAGCAGGCCGGCGGGGCCUUGCCAUCAAGGCCUGCGGCAAGGCGCGCAGCUGGCAGCUGGCGCUGUCCCUCGAUGCAGCCGCGGAAGAGGAGAUGCUGCUGGCCGCCGGCAUGGCCGGGCAGUGGGAGGUGGUGCUCAGCUUGCUCUGGAGGUCUGCCAAGCCGAAGCUCCCGUGCUUCAAUGAGGCCUUAUGCACCUUGCAGACGGCAAACCUGUGGAGGCAAUGCUUCCAGCUGUUGGCGGACAUGGACCGCCUUGAAGUGGCUCCCAACUUCCGGAGCUUUCUGGAAGUCAGCCAGGCCUGUGAGAGGACUGGGCGCUGGCAAGAGGCCCUGGCGUGCCAGCAGCGAGUUCUGCAGUGCCUCCAGCGGGACGAGGACCCGGAGCACUUCAAGCGGGCGCUGGUGAUGGGCCUGGGCUGGCGUGAGGCAUUGGAGGCGAUGGACCCCGAGCGUGCGGAUCUGGAGACCUGGGAUCUCUUGAUGACCUCCUGCCGCCGGUCCCUGCAGUGGCAGGCGGUGCUGGAUCUCUUCCAGGGCCUUCAAGAGCAGCAGCUGAAGCCCAGCGGGACCAGCUUCCGCGCCAUCAUCGACUCCGCGGUGUCCUGGAGCGGCUCAGGCGGCAUCAUUUGCAAGGGCCGCCAGAACGUCGCCCGGAACGCCCAGAGCACGCCAGGCGCAGCAAAGUUUUCGUCUGCCCGGGACCUUCACGGGUUUCCACACAGGUCCCAGCACUGUGGCGACCGACAAGGCCCAUCAGGAGCGUCAGAUCCUGGGGUGGCUCCUCUUCGAGCGCCGGCACUUGCCCAAAGAGGCAGAGCGUGA